AUUUGCGUUUCCUGCUUCUACCCCAUCGCAGUUUUCCUUUUUCUUUCUUUCUUUCUUUCUUUCUAGAGAGACAGUGGGAAGAAGGAUGGAUCAUCAAAGGUGGGAACCAACAACUCAAUAGUCUUCGCCCUCAUUCUUUGACUUUUGUAUUCUCACAACUUUCUGGAAUUUCCAUCACAGUUCACGGGGAUUUCAAUUUGAACAAUUGGAACCCAUCUGAAACUCCACGCCAAAUUUGCAGAUUGGCGUUGGUUGAUGUGGUUCACCAUUCAUUAAAGGCCAAUCGUGCAACUCGGUUUUCACAGUUUCAUAAAUUUAUGAGUUUCCACAUUUUUUCUAGCUUGCUCAUAUUUAUAUCCCUGUCCCUGUCUCCUCUGUCUCUGUCUGCCUCAAAUAAAUGCAUGAUGAGGAUCCAAGAACAGACACACGGUUCCUGAUCCCAUUUCGUAAAAUCCCAAGUUCCGGGAUUUCAGUGAUCUCAUCCAAAUCCUCCAAACAAUCUCAUUUCCCGGAAGUUUGUGCCUUCCUCCUCAAUCCCACCACCAACCAAAGAAUGUUGUUUUAAUCCAAAGUUUUCAAUUUUCAUAUAAACAAGGACCAAUCUCAAUCUCAAGUGUCGCUUGUUUGUUUGUGAGUGGUGUUUUGGGGUGAUGGGUUGCGCAAGCUCGAAGAAAUCUCCGCGGUGCCGCCACUGCCACAACCACUAUUCUUCUCCGAUUGGCCGGAGCUACUCAAUGCAUGUUCAUCAUCCACCUCAGAACAGAGGCGACAGCUACCAUGUUGUUGCCCUCACCUCCUCCACCUUGGGAUCUCUCAACAACAAUAAUCGGCUAGAGUACGAGUUCAAGACGAUUGUCAAUGACAAUAAGGAUCACAUCCACAAGGUGAAGGAGAAGAAACUUGGGGAGGUGGAGAAGGAGAAUGUCAGUGGAAACAAUAAGGAAUUUUCGAUGGGUCUAAUUGAGGCUAAGACGUGGUCCAAUAUGAUCAACCAGAAGAUUCCCAAGAUUAUACCAAAGACGCCGACGAGAACGCCGCCGGGGGAGCCGGAGAUGAUCAAUGCUUGGGAGUUGAUGGAGGGCCUUGAAGACAUUAGUCCUCUGAGAUCUUCAGGUCUUCAUCUUCGGAGCUUUUCUUUUGAUGUUAUCAAAAGUCCAUGCCCUGUUCCCGUUUCAGGGGGUGUUGAUCGUCCCAAGUCAAGGUUUCAAGAAAAUGGUGCGGCCUCGCCUAAGCCUCUGUGGCUUCAACUGGCUGAUUGUGAGAAUUUCAAUUCCAAUGUUGGGAUUCCACAAUUUGAUCCGGAGGUCCUUUCCGGAUUUAGAAAAUCUUUCGAAGAGCUCGAGGAAGAUGAUCCAUUUCAUUUUAAAGAUGGAGAAGAGCUCAAUGAGGAUAUUUCUUUUCAUUUUAGAGAUAGAAAAGAAGAGCUCAAUGAGGAUGAUUCUUUUCAUUUCAAGGAUAGAGAAGAAGAGCUCAAGGAGGAUGAUUCUUUUCAUUUUAAGGAUAGAGAAGAAGAGCUCAAGGCGGAUGAUUCUUUUCGUUUCUCGGAUGAAAAGGAGGUAAAUUGCUUCAUUUCGGAUUACAAAUGUGAAGUGCCUUUUGGUAAGGCGAAGGAUAGAGAGAAAGUGGUGUUGUACUUCACUAGUCUUAGAGGGGUGCGGAAGACUUAUGAGGAUUGUUGCCAUGUGAGGGUGAUUCUAAAAGGCAUAGGUGUUCGGGUUGAUGAGCGAGAUGUUUCGAUGCAUUCGGGGUUCAAGGAGGAGUUGAAAGAGCUAGUGAAAGAUGGGUGUAGUGGAGUUUCUUUGCCUAAAGUGUUUGUGGGGGAAAAGUACAUUGGUGGAGCUGAAGAGAUACGGCAAAUGCAUGAAGACGGGAAGCUCGAGAAGUUGCUUGAAUCUUGUGAAAAGUUGAGUGAUAGCGGUGUAGGUGGUGGUAGUGUUUGUGAGGCUUGUGGGGAUAUAAGGUUUGUGCCAUGUGAGACAUGUUCCGGGAGCUGCAAAAUUUACCAUGAAGACGAUGAUCAUGAUCGAGACGAAGAACAUGAAGGCGAAGAAGAAGAAGCAAAAGAGUGUGAGUGUGGAUUCCAACGCUGCCCAGAUUGUAAUGAAAAUGGUCUAAUACGUUGCCCCAUUUGUUGCUAUUAGUGUUCUUUCUAUGGCCUAAAACCAGGUACUUAGUUUUGACCCCUUUUUGUGCUUCCUUUUCUUUUGGGUUUCCAUCUUUGGUGAGUCGAUUGUUGUACUUGUACAGUAAAGAGAGUUAUGUUACAUUUCAUAAGAAAUGGAUGAGAGAAAAAAAAAAUGCAUUAGGGAAACAAUGAAUAAUGUUUCUAGCAGGUUCCUCAACCCCUACAGUGUCAUGAAGGUUGUAUAAUUUGUUAGUUUUGUUUUUUUUCCAGAAAACAAAUGAGAAAGGCCUGUAAUGUAUAUUUGUAUGUCCUCUACAAGAAUUCAAAGAAACAUAUGAAAUGCACGAUCUUGUUAGCA